AUGUUGUGUACACUGUUGAACAUGGAUUACAGCGCGCUAUAUAAAAAUGAGUUGUGUCCCAAUAAAUGCAACGUGGCUUUGAAAGGUGCAGAACUGUGGCAAAGAUUUCACGAACUUGAGACCGAAAUGAUCAUCACAAAAACCGGACGGCGGAUGUUUCCUUCGCUGCACAUCCAAAUCACGGAUUUGGACCCGCACGCUCACUAUUGCAUUAUCUUGGAGAUGACUGUAGUCAACCGUUGCCGCUACAAGUAUUCUUCAUCAGGAGGAUGGGCUCCGGCUGGUAUGGAAGAAGCUCAGAGCCCUAAUAGGAUCUACUUGCACCCUGACUCACCAGCUACUGGCAAAUACUGGAUGUCUCAACCCAUCUCCUUUGGAAGGCUGAAACUCACCAAUACCCUGAAUGCACCUCAUGGCCAAAUAGUAUUAACUUCAAUGCAUAAGUACCAGCCAAAGAUUAUCAUAGCUAAGACUGCCGAGCCGAGAGCCAUCGCUUGGGCUCCAACAUUUUCUAUUACCUUCAAGGAAACGCAGUUCAUAGCGGUUACUGCGUAUCAAAAUGACAGGAUCACCAAGUUGAAGAUAGAUAACAAUCCAUUUGCUAAGGGCUUCAGGGAAAAUGGGCAAUCCAAAUGCAAAAGGAAAAAUUUAGAGGCAGAAAAGCAAGAUGAGGAAGAAGAUAAAGCUUCAAAACGAACGAAGCUAGACUCGCCAUCACCACUUAUUAUAGACGAAGACAGGCUGUCAUGCUCCUCUUCGUCUUCAGCUGAAGCUAGUACAAAUGUGUCUGUCGAUUUGUCUUCACCUAUGAAGAGUCAAUCAUUUCCACUUCCCAGAAAUCAACAAUCGAACUACUACCAGUCCUUUAUGUAUCCUUUCUACCCCUCAUACGGAUACUACAGUACACCUAUGUGGGGCACAUCUUUCCCUUUUUACUAUCAUUCAUCGUAUCCUUCACAUAAUGCGAUUUGGUCACCGAUACAACAAAAUGAAGAAAAUAUGGAGAAGGAACGGCCUAGAAAACUCACAGAUUUUUCAAUUAGAGCAAUCACAGGUUGCUUGUAAGUAGUUUAGUUUUGGUAAUAUGUUUAGGGGUCCUGUCAUGAGGCAUGUCGAUAUGAAUAAAAUAAAUCUAAUAAAGAAAGCACCUUAUUGUUAAUUAACAAAAUGAAAUCUUUUUUCUUGUGAAAUAAUACGCAAUGUGUUCGUUAUUUUUUAAUAGCUCAUCUGUAUGUGCAAUAAUAGAAUGAAGAAAAACAUUUCAGAUUCUGAGUUACUUAAGGAAAGUCAAGAGGCGGCUUUUCCGAGCUUUACUAACCUUAGGUAGUUCAAAAAUCGGAUUAACAAAGUUUCUUUGGGAUCCUCAUAGCAGCCGCGGUGGCCUGGCAUCUAGGCUUCUGCCUGCGCGGCUGCUUGGGUUUAAAGAAAAUACGAAUAUUAUACAUACAGGCCAGGGAAAAAAGAUCUUGUGGGACCUUUUUGAAAAGCACUGUAUAUAUAUACAUAUAGGUGAGAAAAUAAAGUUUCCGCCUUUAGUUGGGUUUUUCGACAAGACUACUAACUAAAGUACGCAACUAAAGGCGGAAGCAUUAUUUUCUCACCUAUCUGGUUGUUAGACGACAAUGACCACGUCUCAAGUUAUGUGUAUAUAUAUAUAUAUAGAUACAUAACGUAUAUACAUAUAUUGUACACCCAUGACAGAUUUGCAAUUCAAUAAAGCUCAUAAACUAGACAAUAUUUUUAUUUGUAUAAGGCUACGAGGAGUGAGGAGGGCGGAGGGUAGCCAUGACAUUAAUGACCAUCUCGAUAUGCCCUUGUAAUAUGUAGAACUAGGAUCCAUUUUUUUUUUCAAUAAUCUACUAAGUUUGCUUUCCGUGUGUGCCUGUCUCCAGCAUCUAUUAUUCUGUACUGAUGAUUGGUAACAAGCUUGAAGUAGCGCCUGAUACCCGCUGAUCACAGGAACGGAAAGUAAACACAUUCAAUUUAGGAUGGAUUUGUUAUACCAAUACUGCUGGUCAGUCAUUGCUCCAUUGUAAAUAUGUUAUAUGUUUUUGUGAAUAUGUUUAUAUAAAGUUAAAAAUGACAUAGUUAUUAUAUAUUAUAUAUUUAUACACCAAGAAAAAUAAAUUAUUAUUGACUUA